UGUCGUUUCACAGUUGGCAUUUUAUGAACUAGCUGAAGGCAGAGUCAUACGAACGUUUGCUCUAAUUUCAUUGUAAGAGGCAAAGACAAAGGCAUGGCCUUAUACUGGGUUAUAUUUAUUAUAUUAUUUCUUGUCCCGGAUUGCAUGGCACUUAAGAAGGAUGUUAUCUUAACAAGAGAAUAUGUUUUAAGCGACAUGCUUCCGAAAACAGGCAAUGCAAACUACAUUGAAACAAAACAUUGCGAUAGCAGAAUACAGUGUGCUGCAGUAUGUGUGUUUUGUGCAGGAAUACUGUAUAACAGGAUGACAGGGACAUGCCAUCUUCUAAAAGCUCUUCUAUCGGAUAAAUCUUCUGACCGGAGUCGUAAAGAUACCGGAUGGGAACUUUAUAUCAAUUUGAACGUUUGUGAAUCUGGAUGGCAACUCUACAAUGCACACUGUUAUAUAAACAUCCAGAAGAAGGUCACGUGGACAGAAGCAAGGGACUAUUGUAGCAGCGUUGGUGCCUAUCUGAGCAGAAUAGAAACAAAAGAUGAAAAUGACUGGAUUGUGGAUAUAAUCUUACCGGCCAUGAAUCAGGAAAUUUGCGAUGCGAUGCCCUGGGUUUGUUGCGAGACCUGGAUUGGGGCCAAUGACAGGGAUAUGGAGGGCGAGUUCCAGUGGACGAACAAAGAAAACCUACAAUACAAAAACUGGAUUCCUGGUGAACCUAGCGACCAUAACGGUUCAGAGGAUUGUGUGAGAAUAUGUGACAAUGGUCUGUGGAAUGAUGUUAGAUGUGAUCGGUCUAGCAACAUAAUUUGUGAAAAAGAUCUUUAAUUUGUUAAAAUUCAAUAAUU